AUGCACCGCCAAACCAAACUCCUGCUCUCCAGCGCCGCCAUCCUCACCGCCUCCGCAGCAACCUACACCCUCCUCUCCCCCCGUCGCUCGCCCACACAAACCCGCGCAUCGCCCGCCUUCACACGAAACGAAGCCGAGUGGAAAAACUCCCUCACACCCGCAGAAUACAACGUCCUUCGCAAAAAAGGCACGGAAGUUCCAUUCACAUCCCCAUAUGCCCACAAACAACCAACUGAUGCCGACGAUAACCAUUUAUACCGCUGCAAAGCCUGCAACCACCCCGUCUUUGAAUCCGCCGCUCAGUUCGAUAGCCGGACGGGGUGGCCGUCGUUCUACCAGCCUGCGACGCUUCCAACUUCAUCAAUAGAUUCAGAUGGGCGAUCACCACUGGCAGCGGCGAUACACACCCGACCCGAUUGGCAAGGCCUGAUGCGCGCGACAGAGGUCGUGUGUGCGAAAUGCCACUCACAUUUGGGGCAUGUGUUUAGGGAUGGGCCGAUGCCGACUGGGGAACGGUAUUGUAUCAACGGGGUUGCGUUGGUUAGGGAGUGAGUGGGGAUGUGGGGUUGUGAAGUAUGGAAGUUGAGAUUCGAUAUGAUGGAUGGGUUGAGGUUCGCAGACGUGAGGAGCGGAUUAUUGA